AUGAGGGUCAAAGGACAGGGAUGCAAACAGAAUCAGAUCUUCGAGACGAAGUCUGUUGGUGUUGGAGAUGAUGCGACUUUGACGUGUUCCCGGCAGACAUCUGAGCUCAGAGCAACCUUGUUUUGGAUCCGACUUGUUUCUGGAAGCAUCCCUGAAUUCUUUGGAGGAACAUAUUCAUUUGACUAUGAUGGUGUUAAUGAGACUCCUCGCAUUACAACAAAACAAGAACCUGGAGCAUUUAUCCUGCAUAUUAAUGAAGCUAAGCUAAGCGAUACUGGAGUUUACUACUGUAUAAAUGUAAACGGCUUUGAAAUGACACUUCUGAAAGGAACAUUUCUGAGAAUUGAAGGAACAGAACCUGAUAUCAUUCACUCUGAUGCAGUCCUUCCAGGAGACUCAGUGACUCUGCAGUGUUCAGUCCUCUCCGACUCAGAGAAUAAAACCUGUCCAGGAGGACACAGUGUGUUCUGGUUCAGAGCCAGAUCAGAUGAAACUCCCAGUUUAGUUCAUGCAGGAAACAGCAGUGAUGGAUGUGAGAGGAGCCCUGAAGCUCACUCUCCACAGAAAUGUGUCUACAGCUUCUCUAAGAACGUCAGCUCCUCUGACGCUGGGACUUAUUACUGUGCUGUGGCCACAUGUGGACAGAUAUUAUUUGGAAACGGGACAAAACUGGACAUUGAAGCACUCAACAUGUGGGAACUGCAGCAAACCAGAACAGCUCUGAUUCUGUUAUGUGCAGCGUUGGCUAUAAGUCUGAUUGUUAUCGCAGCACUGAUUUAUUCCAUCAAGAACAAAACUUAUGCUUUUGGUCUGCAAACAAACUCUGCAACAGCCAGCUGUGAUCAACACAGUCAGCAGAGACAUGAGGACUCGUUGGUUUAUUCUGCACCAACCUUCAGCAAGAAGAAAACUGUCCGAGCAGAGAGAAGGAAAGCAAAAACAGCAGAGGGAGAGACCGUCUACACUGAUGUCAGGGUGACAGAUUAACAAUCUACUGGAUUUGCUAAUAAAUGCUUUGAAUGUUUUACUGCUGCACCUGUUGUAAUAAUGCUGCCUUUACAUACAUUUCAAAUCAAAUUUCGUCUUUGUAUGGUUGAUAACCUUCAAACAUUUUAUUUUAUCAUUUUGACAUUAUGCUUUGUCCAAUCACUGGUUGGCUUAUUUCUUUCUUUUUUAGGGAGGUUUCCUUUCUGUCUCUUUUAUUGAAAUGCAUUUUUAAGUUAUCUUAAGUUAUGUGGACAUUCAAGUUAACUUUUCUUAUCAUUGCAAUUUUAGAUGUUAGAGCAAUGUUAGAGCACCAUUUUCAGGUUUUUCAAAGUGUUUUCUCUUUCUGUUUUAUGACGAUCUGUGGUUGUGUUUCAUUUUAAUUGUUAAGUCAUGAUUUGUUUAUUUUGAAAAUACUUUUAGUUGCACUUACUUGAUGAUGCAUCUUGUAUGGUAAAGUACUUUGUUUUUAACAAAA